AUGGUGGGUAUUUCGCGUGUACUGGCCAGCUCAUGGCUGUUGCCAGUGGUGUACGGUGCAACGCAAACCACCUCUUCGGUCCAUGCCCAGACGACUCUGCCAUCCAGUGUGGACAAUGGCGCCAACUUGCUGGCCAACAUUGAUGACCCUCAUGCCAUCAAUGCGCAAACCGCAUGCCCAGGUUAUCGCGCUACCGACGUCAAGACCUCCUCCCAAGGUUUAACGGCGACCUUGAAAUUGGCCGGCAAGGCGUGCAAUGCCUACGGUACCGAUGUGGAUUCGCUUGAUUUCACCUUGGAGUACCAGUCGGCAUCGCGUGUGAACAUUCAAAUCACCCCGUCUCAUGUCGAUGCCACCAACGCUUCGUGGUAUCAUCUCUCCGAAGAUGUUGUCCCCCGCCCCAAGGCGGAAAAGAAUGCAUCUGCCAAGGACAGCCAGUUCGAUGUCACUUGGACCAAUGAGCCUUCCUUUGGCUUCAAGGUGGCGCGCAAGUCCAACGGGGACGUCUUGUUCGAUACCACCGGCUCAACUCUCGUGUACGAGAACCAGUUCAUCGAGUUUGUCACCGGAUUGCCUCAAGAUUACAACCUGUAUGGUCUGGGUGAGCAUAUUCAGCAAUUGCGUCUGCUGAAGAAUGCUACCCUGACCCUCUAUGCGGCUGACGUUGGUGAUCCCAUUGACGCUAACAUCUACGGAUCGCACGCCUUCUACCUGGAUACUCGCUACUACGAAGUCAAUGGGCACGGCCACCACACCCUGGUCUCCAGCGACCAGGCCAAGGCGAACAAGAACUACGUUUCAUACUCCCACGGUGUCUUCCUGCGCAAUGCGCAUGGUCAGGAGGUCCUUCUUGGAGACAAGAAACUCACCUGGCGCACUCUGGGUGGAAGCGUCGAUUUGACCUUCUAUGCGGGCCCUACCCAACACGAGGUGACCAAGGACUAUCAAAUGAGCACCGUUGGCCUUCCUGCUAUGCAGCAGUACUUUACCUUUGGUUAUCACCAGUGUCGUUGGGGCUAUUCCAACUGGUCGCAGGUGGAGGAGGUUGUCGCGAACUUCCAGAAGUUCGAGAUCCCUCUCGAGAAUAUCUGGAAUGACAUUGACUACAUGAAGAGCUACCGUGACUUUGACAAUGAUCCUGAGCGCUUCUCAUACGAGGAGGGAGCGGACUUUUUGGACAAGUUGCACAAGAAGGGCAUCCACUACAUCCCCAUUGUUGAUUCCGCCCUCUAUAUCCCCAAUCCCGACAACUCUUCUGAUGCUUAUGAGACCUACAAUCGCGGUGCUGAAAUGGAUGUCUUCCUAAAGAACCCCGACGGAAGCACCUACAUUGGCGCCGUUUGGCCCGGUUACACGGUCUUCCCCGACUGGCACAGCCCCAACGCUACCAAGUACUGGUCCAAUGAGCUGGUUGAGUGGCAUGACAAGAUCGCUUUUGACGGUAUCUGGAUUGACAUGAGCGAGGUUUCCUCCUUCUGUGUCGGCAGCUGUGGCAGUGGCAAACUGAGCCAGAACCCCGUUCACCCGCCUUUCUCUCUGCCCGGCGAGCCUGGUAAUGUCAUCUUUGAUUACCCAGAGGGAUUCAACCUCACGAAUGCCACCGAGGCGGCUUCUGCCUCUGCGGGCGCUGCUAGCCAGGCCUCUGCUGCUGCUCAAUCCGCGGGCAAUGCGCCGGCCACUACUACCCCUUACCUUCGCACCACUCCCACUCCCGGCGUGCGCAACGUCAACUACCCUCCGUAUGUGAUCAACCACGUGCAGAGCGGCCAUGACCUUGCCGUGCAUGCCGUCUCUCCUAACGCGACUCACUCGGACGGAGUGCAGGAGUACGAUGUUCACAGCCUCUUCGGUCACUCCAUCGUCCGUGCCACUUACGAGGGUCUCCUCAAGGUUUUCCCUACCAAGCGUCCAUUCAUCAUCGGUCGCUCGACCUUUGCUGGUACCGGUAAAUGGGCUGGUCACUGGGGCGGUGACAAUGCCUCAAAGUGGGCGUACAUGUUUUUCUCGAUUCCCCAGGCUCUGCAGUUCUCGCUCUUUGGUAUCCCCAUGUUCGGAGUCGACACCUGUGGUUUCAAUGGCAACACCGAUGAGGAGCUCUGCAAUCGUUGGAUGCAACUCUCCGCCUUCUUCCCCUUCUACCGUAACCACAAUGUGCUGUCUGCCAUCAGCCAGGAGCCUUACCAGUGGGCGUCUGUGGCCGAAGCCUCCAAGGCUGCCAUGAAGAUCCGUUACGCAAUCUUGCCCUACAUCUACACCCUGUUCCAGCAGGCCCACACCACUGGAUCAACCGUCAUGCGCGCUCUGGCCUGGGAGUUCCCUAAUGACCCGUCCCUGGCCACCGUCGACACCCAGUUCCUCCUCGGACCCUCCAUCAUGGUGGUCCCCGUUCUGGCUCCUCAGGCCACCAGCGUCCAGGGUGUUUUCCCCGGUGUCAAGCACGGCGAGGUCUGGUACGACUGGUACACUCAGACCGCCGUCGAAGCCAAGCCGUACGUCAACACCACGAUCGCCGCUCCCCUCGGCCACAUCCCUGUCUUCGUCCGCGGCAAUUCCAUUCUGCCCAUGCAGGAGCCUGCCCUGACCACCCGCGACGCUCGCAACACCCCUUGGACCCUGCUCACUGCGCUCGGCGAAAAGGGCACCGCCACAGGUGAACUCUACCUCGACGACGGCGAGAGUCUGACGCCCAACGCCACUCUGACCGUCGCGUUCAAGGCUACCAAGUCCAGCCUGAGCGCCGAGCCCUGCGGCAACUGGCGCGAGAAGAACCCCCUGGCCAAGAUCGACAUCUUGGGUGUUACCCACCAGCCUCGCAGCGUCACUUUGAACGACAAGGCUCUUCCCGAGUGUUCGGUCAAGUAUAAUCAUACUUCUCACGUUCUGUCCAUCACUGGAUUGGAGGAGAUGACCGCCAAGGGUGCCUUUGCUGAGAAGUGGACUAUGAAGUGGUGA